AGAUAUCAGUGAUGUAUCUUAAUGAAUACAUCAGGUCGUCGCACACCUCUGAUUAAUAAGUAGUAAUAUGAGAGAACUGAUAGCGUGACGAUUGUCAGGUUUUGCAUAUCAUACACUAAGGAUAUAACAAGGCUAAUCUGUGAACCAUAAUGAGCUACAUGUACAUUGUCCUUACAAAAGGCAAAGAUUUGGUCAGUGUCUUUCACAGUCCAACACAGCAUUGUCUAGUGCAGAGUUUUCCAGUGUUCAGUAGAGGCUACAUACACCUUCACCAUGAAGAGAGACACUGUUGCUAUCAUUCUUGUCUGUCUGUCUGCGGUUUGCGCUCAAUAUGGUAACCAGAUUAUAACACAGUCUUUGUUAAGAACUCUGAGUCGUAGGAUAUCAGGUCCCCUCGCCAGGUUCCCGCCCCACAUAGCCCAAGGAUUCCGCGGUCUGCAGAACCCAAUAAUUGGGCCUGGAUUUGGACUGGAGCCAUUUGGUCCUGGCCCAGGUGUCGCUGAGAUCAAUUUUGACCCAAACCCUGCCGAUUUCGUCCCUCGAGCCGUGCCCCAUCGCCGUCCCUUCCAUGGUGGCCUCAUCACCCUCCUCCGACCAGGACCUCCUCUGAGGGCUACCUUCCAAAACACGAGACCAGGAGCGGGUCUCCCUCGCAGACAACCGGCUGCAUUUGGUGGUCAACUUGAACCGAGGCGCUUUGUGAUAAACAACCGGGCAGGACGCUACAAUACUCCACGGGUCGAUCCAUUGGUACCUCUGAACACCAACCCUGCUCCGCUCAAUCCUAACGUCCUCGUCAACCCCUCUGAUCAGCAGACCCUGCUAACUACGGGCCCAUCUAGGGACUACGACCCUUCUGCUCUUGGGCCGAUUCACUUUUCUGCUGAACAAGCCAAACCAGAGCAAAAUAACGUAGACGUUGCUAACAGCGAUGGAGUUGUUAGAGUUGUCGAAGGCGCAGCCUCUGGAAAUGAUGAAAACUAUGACUCUUCUGCUCUUGGUCCUAUUCACUUUCCCGCUGAACAAGCCAAACCAGAGCAGGAUAACACAGUGGCCCAUGAGGACAGUGGAGUUGUUAGAGUUGGCGAGGGCAUAGUCUUUGGAAAUGAUGAAAACUACGACCCUUAUACUCUUGGUCCUAUUCACUUUCCCGCUGAACAAGCCAAACCAGAGCAGGAUAACACAGUGGCCCAUGAGGACAGUGGAGUUGUUAGAGUUGGCGAGGGCGCGGUCUUUGGAAAUGAUGAAAACUAUAACUCUUCUGCUCUUGGUCCUAUUCACUUUCCCGCUGAACAAGCCAAACCAGAGCAGGAUAACACAGUUGCCCAUGAGGACAGUGGAGUUGUUAGAGUUGGCGAGGGCGCGGUCUCUGGAAAUGAUGAAAACUACGACCCUUCUACUCUUGGUCCUAUUCACUUUUCCGCUGAACAAGCCAAACCAGAUAACACAGUGGCCCAUGAGGACAGUGGAGUUGUUAGAGUUGGCGAGGGCGCGGUCUUUGGAGCUGAUGCACGUGGUGAUGCCAACACUGGACACACAACUAACAUUCCCAGAAAACCCACGAACACCGAUGAGCCAUUAACCGACGUCCCUGCUGUCAAUGGCCCUGAGAUGAUUACUGUUAGCAACGCAGUUUUUAACAAGCCUCCAACAGACAAUGCUGGGACAAUACCUGUCCAUGUUAAUCCUAACAGUAAUGCUGGCAGUGUCAACCAUCCUGCACCUGAAAAUAACAGAGAAGUUUCCGCUGACAGCGUCCCUUCUAUUAUCAAUGACAUUACAAGUAGCAACGUUGAUUCCAAUGAUUUGUCAAAUAGCGCCGACAGUAGCUCUUUAGAUCAUGACAAUGACAUUGACAGUGACAUUGGUGCUAGCCUAAAUAACAAUAUUCUCCCCAGUGACUCUAGUGAAGACAGUGUCGAUGGCCAAAUUAAUGAUGUGGUCCUAUCUAGUGACUCUAAUGAAGACAGCGGUGAAGACCUAAAUAACGAUGUCGUUAACUCCACUGACACUGAUGAAGGCAGCGGUGAAGACCUAAAUAAUGAUGCCCUUUUCUCCAGUAACACUGAUGAAGCCAGCGCCCCCAGUGUGGCACAGGACAGAAAUACAAACAUUGCAUUAGCCAUGGCCUAUCUUGACAUGGUUUAUUAAAAUAAUGAUCUAAGAUUUAUUUGUAUAAUCAUAUGCACUAUCCCCAGAAGAUAAAGUGUAUUUGCUCUUUUUGUUUAACAAACUAUUUUUAUUGAAUAUGUUUUCCAGAUAAUAUCCAUUAUUGUUGUUUUUUAACUUUUAUUUAAGACCAUUUGGAACAUACUUGGUCCAAUUCAGUUUAAA